AUGUUAAAGUAUGAUGAGGGAGAUCCAUACAACGAUCAACGCAACAAUAUGAAUAAUAAUAACAACAAUGAGGAUGGAGUUGCAAGUGUAGAUGUGAACACUACUACUGCUGCUGCUGUGGAUGUUGAGCAGUUGAAACUCAUUCAAUUAUGUUUUGGUGAACAUGAGUUUGGUGUGGCCCUGGAUAGUGAUAUAGUGGAGGAUUCCCAACCAAAUAUGGAUAAUAAUAAUAAUAAUAAUAAUAAUAAUAAUAAUAAUAAUAAUAUUAGUAGUAAGGAAGAAGAUCUGAAUGGAGAUUUAGUUGCCUUUGACUUUGAUCCUGUGAAGUUUGUACAGGAGAAAUUAGAUCAUGGAGUUCCAUUAUUAAGUUUAUGCCGAGAUUUAGAAACUUAUACGACUUUUCUUAAUAAUAGUAUUCUCCGGCAUGUGAAUACAGAUAUGCAUGAUGCCUUUGUAAAGGUCUCUGGACAUCUUGUAGGUAUGCAGGAUGAGUUAAGAUGUGUUCAACAACCCGUAUUGGCUUCUGUAAAGAAAGUGGAAAAUGCCAUGUCUAAGCUGGAGGAAUUAGAAGAAAUGGUAAAUAGUCAAAUUCUAGAGGCUUCUAAAAUUGAAUUGGCUCGAUUGUUUGAUGUGAGUUUUUUAAAAUUUUUACUUUUGUAUGAUUUACUUCAUGAACGAUUAGAGACACUUCCUUUAUGUCUUCGUACAUCUAACGAUGAUAAACAAUCACCACUAUCACCACUUCAACUUCAUUCACAUGGAAUAAACUCCACUUAUUCAAAUAGUCGAUUUACACCAAAAGCAAUAGCAUUAGCAGCGGGAAGUAAACAUGUUUGUGAAUUACUUCUUGAUAUUGCGGUAACAUUACAACAAUUAAAAGAUCUUUUUCAUGUACUUCCACAACUCUCUUCACGUGCAAAGGAACGAGAAGAGGCGAUGGAGAUUCUUUCGGAUGGUACUCGGUUAUCUCAUCAAGUAUUUGAACGUGUUUACCUUUCCCUGUAUGAAGAUUACAUUCAAAAUCCACAAGAAGAACUUACACAAACAUUACGUACCGUUAUGAAGGUUUAUUAUACAGCAAGGGAAGAACGGGAAUUCUGUCGAAUGUACCGUGAACGUAUUAUAAAACCUUUAUUAGAAUCUGUUCUCUCUUGGCGGGCAGCCACACAGGCAAGACAUAGUUUAGAAGAUACUAUUAAACUUCUCAACACAUUAAGAGAAGAAUUGGAAACUAAUGUUCUUCGAUUUGUUCCUAUUUUACAUGAAGCCUUUGAAGGAUCUAUUAUGCCAGUUUCAAUGAUUAUUUGGCCAACAGUAUGUGAGGCAUUAGUAAAGAAGAUGGUAUCAUUAUAUGAUGUAGGGAUGCCGGAUGCCUUUCAACAACGAUAUUUGACGGCUCAUAAAUUAUUAACAUUAAUGGAAGAGAAUUGUAGUUCCGCAGAGGAAUUACGAACACUUAUGCAAUCCCCAGAUGUGGCCCUUUGGAAACAUAAAUGGAAUACAGAUGUGUAUGCUACUAUGCGGGCUAAUGAACUUGCUAAGAUUGUAGAUGAAACAACUAAAAAUUGGACUUCCAUACCUUUGGAACAACUAGCACAACAACUAGUACAACAACAACGAGAAGAAGCAGCAGAGCGAAAAGAAAUUCAUAUGGGUAACUCUAUUCAUUUUCACAUGGAACCUUUUAUUAAAUUAAGAGAAGCCUUAGAUUGGCUCUUCUCUCCUGGAGUUUAUAUUUACACCGUAACUCCAAAGUUUCUUCGGGAGACGGCUAAUGCGACCCGUCGAGUUGCCCAAAGUGUACUGGCGUAUAGUGAAACGGCACAGAGUUCAAGUUCCAUGGAGAAUUGGCUUAGUGUCGUGAUGAGUGCAAGUGCCGAUCUUGAGAUGAUGGCAAUAUAUAUUGAAGGUCCUUUUCGUAUUCGAUUACAAGAAGCAAGUGGAAAGGAAUUUGAAACUUCAUCUCCGGUUUUAAUGUUAUUAUCACAAGAGACCUGCCGUGGUUGUGCGACUGCCCUCUAUCGUGUUGUUCAAUUACGAGUAGCGGAGGAGUGUACAGUUGGUUUACAAAAUAUUCGUUCUGUCAAGUCGGCCUAUUCACAUAUGCGUAAGCCACUCCCAACCGCAGCUUCUUGGUAUGUUCCCACUAUUAUUGAACCGCUGCAGCGAUUUGAUGCCGCUGCCCGAUCGGUGCUCACUCCCAAAUCUCACACCGCUAUGAUGGUGGCGGUAGUGGAAGAAGUGUGUGGUCGGUUUCGCUCAAUUGCGAAGGAAACACUCAUCACGGCAAAGAAAACAGAAGAAAGUUGGGAGAAGUUACGACGACGUAAAGAAAUUACAGCGGGAGGAGGACGUGGAGUAUCUACAGAUGCCAUGGGAGGAGAUACACUUGGGGUGAGUAGUCCUACAACUAGUACAAAUCCUACUAAUAUGAAUAGUGGUGGUAAUAAUACUAAUACAGCUAUGCGGCCUAGAUCAGAGACUGCCUCUGAUAGAGAUAAGAUGACAGUACAAUUGUAUUUAGAUGCGAAGGCACUUAUAGAUGGAGUACAGCUGUUAUUACCGAAUGAUGUGCGGGUGGAUCAGUUAUCUUCUGUAGUCGCUCUAUUGAAGUUACUGCGACGAGCGAAUUGGAUUCUCGGUGAAGAUAUACCCGAACCACCAGAUGUGGAUGAGAAUGAUGUUUGA